AUGGCCGGAACUGACGUCAUGCUGACCUUGAACCACACGGCCAUGACGGCCGCCAACAACGUGACCUAUAACCCCUCCUACACCCUGACCCAGUACAUCGAGACCAUCACCAUCUCCCUCGUCUGUCUGGUGGGGACAGUCCUCAACCUCCUGACCGCCGGGGCUUUCCUCUCCCGACCCCUCAGGGGCAUCUCCUGCUGCCUGUACCUGGCCACGCGGUCCCUGGCCGUGUUUGGGUUCCUGACCAGCAUGUUCAUCGCCUGGACCAACACCUUCAUGCCCCUCAUCAGCAACGAGGGCAUCUGUGAGCUGACGGUCUUCCUCUCCUACUUCUGCCCCUUUCUCAGUGUCUGGAUGGUCGUCAUCAUCACCGUGGAGAACUUCAUCAGGAUCUCUCAGCCCUCCAGGGUAAACCAGCUCUGCACCCCGCGGGUGGCCAAAUACGUCAUCGUCAGUUUUGUACUGCUGGGCCUAGCGGUGAACAACUUCCCUUUAUGGACGAGCCGCGUCAUCAGAGGCUCGUGUGACGUAUGGCCGGACUUUCACGAGGUUCACGCUGUUUUCAACUAUCUCGACGCCAUUUUGACGUUGGUUAUCCCCCUUGCUCUGAUGAUCAUAGUCGUGCCCCUUGUCGCGGUCAGCGCUAUGCACGCAUACGAGAGGAAGAAGAGGCUUAGUGGGGACACUGGCCUACGGAACAGACAGUGCCCGGAGCCGAAGAACUCCCCCGAGGCCCGGGUGACGCACCUCCUCCUGGCCGUGUCGGUGGUCUUCCUGCUGCUGCACACGCCAUUCCAUGGGAUCAGGAUCAAGCUCUUCAUCGUCUCCCGUACGGAGAUACAGCCGGCAAGCGUGGACAGCAUGAUGCUUUUUGUGUUCCGGAUGGUCUACAACCUGGACACUGUGGUCAGCUGCGCCGUCUACCUGGUCUUUGGCGACAACUUCCGGAAGGUCUUCGUCAAACUCUACUUCUCCCGCUGCUCCAAGCAGAGGUCAACUACUUCCGGCUCAGAGCAGGCCACGACCUUGACCGAGAAUCUGAUGAAGGACAGCGUGGUGAGCCACACGAACGGGUGCGGGAACGAAACCCGGCUGGUCAGCGCGGCGGAUCAGGGCGAGAAUGAUGAAGAGGACGAGGAGGCACGGACGAGGAAGAGGUUGCUCGCGGCUGAUGCUGUUUGA